CCCAAGCCCGUCCUUCAUCCAAAGGCCUUCUUGACAUUGACGAGCCUGGUUGUUAGGCAGCAGUCACCCAGCCAAGAGCCUGCAUCGCUUCAUCAUGUCGUUCCUCGACGGUAUCACACUCGCCAAGUAUGUCAAGCAGAGCCCGGCUCUGAUGCGCAUGGUCCGCCCGGUGGCCAACGCAUACGCCAACUGGGCCGGCCACAGGCAACGUGGCCUUAAGUACGAUGACCUGGUGAUGGAGGAGAACCCAGAGACCCAAAAGGCAAUUUCACGCCUGUCUCAGCGUGAAGCAUACGACCGCGCAUUCCGCAUGCGUCAAGCAUCUCAGCUCUCCGUCUUGCAGCGCGAGCUGCCCAAGGACAAGUGGCUUAAGCCUGAGCAGGACAUUCGGUACCUCACACCUCUCAUUGAGGAGGCGAAGAAGGAGGCUGCGGAGAGGUCAGCCUGGGACACUGUCAGGGUCAAGAAGUAGAUCAUUUCUCGGGCUUUUUGGUGCUACAAGCGGUGCAAUCGCUCUUGACCGGGGCCUCGCCUGCAUUUGGCGCCUCAUGUAUGGAACAGAGGCGCAUAGCAUCUCUCGCAAUGCACAAGCGUUGAGAGGGUCGCCGCGCUUGCGUGCAAACAUACCUUCCUGCACGAUCUGUGAUUACUAGAUGGAACAUUGCAAGCGCAUUCACAGGCUCCUUUUAU